GAUCGAGCGUUUCUCUCUGACCAGUGUCGGAGGACUCGCAACCUGCUGCUCCUCUCUCUCUCUCUCACUGCAUUCCAGUUGUCUGCUUCCUACUUUACCUCCAUUUUCUUCCCUCUCUCUACUUUCCUUCUUUCUCCUGUUUGCUCAACCAUCUCUCCCCUCUCUCUCUCUCUCUCCCUCUCCCUCUCCCUCUCUUCAGAUGAAGGAAAUCGAUUCUUGAAAAGAAAACUCCCAUUUUCCCCUCCUGUUUGAAGGAGAAAUCUCUCUCUCUCUCUCUCUCUCUCUCAGAGACACAAAACCUAAAACCCUAAAAACAAAGGUGAGUUGCAGAGGCAGAAAGGCCCCCAACCCGCAUCUAAUCUCCUCCUGCAUUUUACAAUAGAACUAGUCUUCUCCCCCUCUUUUCUGCUCUCUAGUAAAUGCUUCCUUCCCAGAUGCCAAACCUAAACAAACCCAUCUCAUUCUCUUCACUCUCCCGCCUCCUCUUGCUGCUCCCCCUCCUCCUCCUCAUCAUCAUUAACGAUCUUGCCUGCAUCGUAACCUCCAAAUCCACCAUCGAGCCGUGCUCUAACUCCGACACCUGCAGCGCCAUGGUGGGCUACACCCUCUACACCGACCUCAAGGUCUCCGAAGUGGCGGCGCUCUUCCAGGUGGACCCCAUCUCCCUCCUCACAGCCAACGCCAUUGACAUCUCCUACCCGGACGUCGAGAACCACAUCCUCCCAUCUCAGCUCUUCCUUAAAAUUCCCGUCCCCUGCUCCUGCGUCGACGGCAUCCGCAAGUCCGCCGCCACCCGCUACAAGACCCGCCCCUCAGACACCCUCUCGACCAUCGCCGACUCCGUCUUCGGCGGUCUCGUUUCCGCUGACCAGCUCCGCGAGGCCAACUCCAUUUCCGAUCCUUCCGUGCUCGACGUCGGCCAGACCCUCGUCGUUCCCUUGCCCUGUACUUGUUUCAACGGCACCGAUAAUUUCUUGCCGGCGAUUUAUAUGUCUUAUGUGGUGAAGCCGGCGGACUCUCUGGCCGGGAUUGCGGCAAGGUAUUUCACCACCAUCACUGAUCUCAUGACUGUCAAUGCCUUGGGGGAAACCGCUAUUAAGGCCGGCGAUAUACUUGCCAUACCUUUGUCUGCUUGUGCAUCUAAUUUUCCAAGAUAUGCAUCCGAUUAUGGUCUGAGUGUGCCAAAUGGAAGCUAUGCUAUCACUGCAAGUCAUUGUGUGCAAUGCAGUUGUGGACCAGGAAACCGCAAUUUGUACUGCAUGCCAGCUUCGUUGGCAGUAUCUUGUUCAAGCAUGCAAUGCAGACAUAGUAAUCUGAUGCUUGGAAAUGUUACGUGGCAACAAAGUACUGCGGGCUGCAAUGUCACUUCAUGUAGUUACAGUGGCUAUGUCAAUGGAACCAUCAUCACUACGUUGUCAACAUCUCUUCAACCUCGAUGCCCAGGUCCACAACAAUUUCCUCCUCUUAUAGUGCCUCCUACUUCAGUAAGCCGGGAUUCAUUCCUCACUCCAGCUCCCGCACCCUCAGAAGCAGGCGGUUCCCCAACAGCCACCACUCCAAAGUCGUCCAGCGUGCCUUCGUCUAUCUCAAGCGUGGGACUUCCUCCUGCAAAUGCUCCCAGUGGAGGUGUCUCCGGUUCUGGCUCCUCCUCCUCCUCCUCCUCCACCUCGGCAACUCCAUUAGCACGAUUUCCAUGUGCAAUUUUUCUUGGUAUAUUUGUUGACCUUAUGCUGUCGUCAUCUUUGUUGUAGUUUUUAACUCUUUUGCUGCAUGCUUUGAUAAUUGGGGUUUCGCUUGUUCUGGUUGCAUCCUAUUAUUUGUCAGGCUGACAUGUUGGUUUGUACCUUAAUUAUUAUUCCUGUCAGUGGACUGAUUUCUGGAUGCAGCCUACUCUACUGGUUUUCCAAUCUCUAGUAUCUUUUCAUUCUUUCUUUUUCUUUUUCUUUUUAAUUUUCUUUUCAUUUUCCUUUUUGAGUUGUCCGAGUCGGCCUAGCAUUUUGUUGUAUGGAGAACCACGGCAGUUGCCCUUUCUGUAAUCAGUUACUUGUGAUUUCUGGUGUGGAGCUCUAAGCUCUUGGAA